UAAUAAUCCUGCUUUGCCGUUGCAACUGUGGCUAAAGGCGCUGCUCAUUUCCGGCUCCAGCGCGAGCGCUCGAACCAAGCCCGACUAGUAAUUAACUAUCUGCUGCUACUCUUACUACUCCCAGUUAGAGGUCGUCCUCCGUCAAUCCCCCUCCUGCACCCCUGGAUCUCUGCGCUCUCUGCUUCCUCUUCGCCAACUUCCGUUCGUCAUCCCAAUUGACAUUCCUCCUGUCUAGGAGCUCCGUCUGUCACCAUGGCUGCCGAUAUGACCGGCGAGCAGCUUCAGGCCAAGAUCACCGCGGCCAGGCGCGAGGCCGAGGGCCUCAAAGACAAGAUCAGACGCAGAAAGGAGGAGUUGGCAGACACAACCUUGCGUCAAGUUGCGCAAAGCCAGACUGAUCCCCUACCUCGUAUCAUGAUGAAGCCACGACGAACACUCAAGGGACACUUGGCCAAGAUCUAUGCCAUGCACUGGUCGACCGACCGCCGCCAUCUAGUAUCAGCUUCGCAAGAUGGGAAGCUCAUCAUUUGGGAUGCCUAUACCACUAACAAGGUCCACGCCAUUCCGUUGAGGUCGUCCUGGGUGAUGACAUGCGCCUACGCCCCAAGUGGAAACUACGUCGCCUGCGGUGGUUUGGAUAACAUCUGCUCCAUCUACAACCUGUCGUCCCGCGAAGGCCCAACACGUGUUGCGCGUGAGCUCUCCGGUCAUUCUGGCUACCUCUCCUGCUGUCGCUUCAUCAACGACCGCCGAAUUAUUACCUCCUCCGGUGACAUGACCUGCAUGCUGUGGGAUAUCGAAUCGGGCUCGAAAGUGACCGAAUUCGCUGAUCACCUGGGCGAUGUCAUGUCGAUCAGCAUCAACCCAACCAACCAGAACGUCUUUGUCUCCGGCGCCUGCGAUACCUUUGCCAAGCUUUGGGAUAUCCGUACAGGAAAAGCCGUGCAGACCUUCAACGGUCACGAAUCCGACAUCAAUGCGGUGCAGUUCUUCCCUGACGGAAAUGCAUUUGGAACCGGUUCCGAUGACGCAACCUGUCGCCUCUUCGAUAUUCGCGCGGAUCGUGAACUUAAUAUCUACCAGGUCUGGGAUGUUCUACGAGGUGAUAAGGUCGGUUCUCUUAGCGGUCAUGAGAACCGUGUAAGCUGUCUUGGAGUCAGCAAUGACGGUAUCAGCUUGUGUACUGGGUCCUGGGAUUCUCUCCUCAAGGUCUGGGCCUGGUAAAAAAGAGAAAGUAUUACAUAAAAAAACUUGAAAACAGACGAAAAAGAUUAAGAACAGGAUACCCCGUCUCGAAUAAUUUGCAACGCCGCACCUUCAAACAUUUUUUUUUUUCUUCCAUUCAAUUUAGCAUUCGAUGUCUUGAAUGUCCAUCAUUGUACGAUAUUUUUUUCUUUAUUCUCCGAGGCGAUGUUGCUUACCGUUCGACCAUAAUGUGUCAUUCUGGAGUGGGUUUUAAGGGCGAGAAAACCCAGCGAGCGAUACAACAAGGUUGGUUGCGAUAUCUCCGACGACUAUGUUCUUGUCCGGACAUGUUCCACUUAAGGACAAACAUGGAAGGAAGACGCGAACACUUGACUGAGCGUCUGGAUAUUUCUGAUUAUGUCGAUUUAUCAGCAGUGUCAAUGCUGCUUUUGUCAUUAUUUCAUACCACUUUUCUUCUGAAAUAUCUUGGGGGGCUUCCCAAUAUGGGCAUGUCCACAGGAAUGUUUUUUGAAUUGAAUCCUGCCCUCCCCCUUUUUGUCCCUUUGCUUUUGCUACUAUUAUCCUCCUCUUUCUGUCUUGUUUCUCCGUCGCGCAUCGGUAUCGGUAUGCACUUUUGGGAGUGAUUGUAAGGGAGGAUUUGUCUCGGAUUGGCCAUGAUGUUUCCCUGUCGUUGUGUUUGCUUGCCCAUUUCUUUAAUAUCUCCUUUAUUAAUGCAUUACUUCUCAUCGCUGAGCCUGUUUCCCGGUACUAUCAACCUGUCAGUCUUCCCUGGCGUCAGAUUUUCCACAUUUUGCUGAAGAAUAAUUCUCCUUUGUCUAUUGCCUCUCCCUGGGACUGGGUGAGAUUGGGGAAGUAGUAUAAAAUUGAAACCUCCAGCGCCUUAAGGUCUUGGAAACAUCUUCCUUUGUAAGCA